AUGGCCUCGCAAUCACAGUUCAUGAGAGUUUCACUCUCCAACGAGCGAAAUUUCAGCUGGGUGUUUUUGGUGGAUUGGGUUCUUACCUGUAUUGUGACACUGACAGUCAUCUUCUAUCUGGGACGAAUAUUUGCAUAUACAAUAAAUCUUGUACUAGAAUGGCUACUUUGGAAGCGAUGGAAGGUCAAGGUUACUAUGCAAUCUUUGACGAUUGCUCCACUGGGGGGGUCGAUCACCUGCAAGAAUGUGAGUAUUAUUCACAAAGAUUAUGCUGCCUCGUUCUUGGAAGGCAGCAUAACAUGGAGAUAUUGGUUAUUGACUUCACGUAAUUCCCAGUAUGAGGAAGAGGAAAUCGCAGGUAAACAAGAGGAACAAAGUGCUGAGAGGGAUAGGAGCACGACGAAAAACUCACAACUGCCGUGUAGGUUUGUGGUCAGUUUUGAAGGAUUCGAAUUAUUUCUGUACAACAGAACAGCAGCAUAUGAGAACAUAAUACAGAUGUUUUCCAAAGAUGAAAGAACAAAGUUCGAAAGCUUUUUAGAUGAAGGUUCUUUUUCGAAAUUCUUUAACGAUGAUAAUGACGAUAUGGCUGAUAAGGACAUGUCUGAGAGCGUUAAAUCAUCGUCAAGUUCAGAAACUCCAAAUAUAAAUGACAGAGUUUUUAAACAAGUUUACUAUAAGCAAAAAUCGUUUUUUGUAAGGUUCCUGCCCAUGCAGCUACAGAUUCGCAGAGGUUCAGUCGUCAUAGGUAACAAGUUUACCACGAGCAUAUUGAUUUUAAGCCAUCGAAACACGGAAGGUAUCAUUGAUCUAUCACUCCCCAAAGAAAAGUUAGAUCUUUAUAAAAUGAAGUUUCAGUUAGAGUACAACGAUAUGGAUAUAUCGAUAAAACAAAAUAUUGCAUACGAUCACGAAAUAUCAUCGAGCUCCAGAUUUCCAGCGAGUAAAUUGUCCAAAGUAUGGGUAAAAUUCCUCAAAAUUUUACAUGCGUCGCACAUCAGGAUAAAAUGGCUACAGGAAAAAGACAGAGACAAUGACACUUUCUUCCAGAAAUGGAAAGGAUUAUCGCUAUAUAAAGGUAUUACAUUUGAGGGAGAUCAAGAUGAUAUGGAUGACAUACAUUUCGACUUUGCUAGUCAUGAGUAUGCUAAGGUGACAAAUAUUCUGAAAAGUCCAAAGGUUGUUAUUACAUAUGAAUAUGAUAUCCCCGGUGUUGUGCCGCAUGGUGCGCAUCCUACCACGGACGGACCAGAAGUUGGCAAUAAUGGCUCACCCCCUGAGUUUGGAUUAGAUAUUCAGAUUCACGGUGCAACUUUUUGCUAUGGCCCUUGGGCACAUAGAGAGAUUCAGCACUUACAGAAAUUGUUCUCCCCAAUUGUAUCAAGAUCUCCAAGUCCAACAAAAAAACUUAGUCCUGGUUCUAGGAGGAUAUACACGUAUUUCAAAACCUCUUUCACGAUUUUUGAGGAGUCAACGUUACGCAUCCCUACGAGAGAACCAAGUAAGGAUCAAGAAUUUCUCAGGAAGUAUAGAGAAACAAACGAUGACUACAGACCGUUUGGGUGGCUUGAUAUAAAGUUCUCGAAGGACUCAUAUGGUACUAUCAGUACUAUAUUAUCUCCCACGGAUGAAGGCUUUCCCAACAGUUUGAAUAUUCAUUUUGCUGAUGUUGAAGCAGUAAGUAGUGUCAACCAUGAUAUAUUGAUCAGAUGCAAAACCUUUGAUAUCAACGCGGAUAUUGGGUACCCACUUGGUUGGAAUAGUGAAGCUAAAUGGAGUAUUGAUUUGUCUUCUUCUCAGAUAGAGAGUUUUCUUCUAAGAGAGCACAUCACGCUAGUAUCAGAUAUUUGCUCUGAUUUCGCCUCGGGGGAUCCUGCCCCUUAUGAGCUUUUUAGACCAUUCACUUAUAACGUUUCAUGGAGGAUGACCGAUUACUCCAUAUACUUAAACGUUAAUGACCAUAACAUAAUAAACAACCCACUGGAUUUUAAUGAGAACUGCUACCUCUCUCUACAUGGAGAAGAGCUGAUGAUUGACGCCACAAUUCCCCAUAAAGUUAUCGCAGAAACAUAUACCAAUAUCUCCUACCGUAUCUCUACUUCCAUGUUUAGAUUAUUAUUGAAUGCACCACCGUGGAACACUCUAAAUGAAUUUAUGAAAAACAAAGAAGUGGGGCGAUCAUACAAUUUCAGUAUGAAUGGAGUUUAUACACUGUACGCUGAACUCGAUGUUGACAAUGUUGACAGUAUAUCGGUGGAAUGCAACAGCACCGGCACGACAUUACAUUGCUAUGGUUUUGUUGUCAAAUACCUUAUGAAUGUUAAGAUGAAUUACUUCGGCGAUUUUUCUAAAUUUGUUACAUCAGAAGAAUAUACCGCUGUAAUACGAACUAAGGAAAGCGGUAUUCUUUAUUCAGCGGAAAACGCCGAAUCAGCAGCCUUUACUUCUGAAAAUGAAAGCGUUGAAAAUAAACCUAGUGUGCCCGUCAAUAUAAGGAGUAAUCCACCAGUAAACAGGUCAGAUGUUAAAAGAACCACUAAUGAAACAGAUAUAUGGUUUGUGUUUUCCGUAUGGGAGGGAGCUCUCAUUUUGCCUGAAACAAUUUAUAAUGCAGACCCUUGCAUAGCUCUACACUUCGGAGAACUUGUUGUCGAUUUCCGAAGCUGUAACUAUUAUAUGGAUUUGCUUGCGACGAUGAAUAGUAGUCACCUCAAGAGAUACUGCUCGAUGCAGCCACACGAAUUAUUUGAAAGCAUCCGCAAAGACAAUGGAAGAUCGCAAGAAAGUCACGGUAUUCUAGAAACAUUGACCAUUCAUGGUCAUAGAAUGUAUGGUUUGCCACCAACAGAGCCUACCUACUUUUGCCAGUGGGGAAUUGACAUAGAUAGUUUGAAUAUCAAUUCGCAUGCUCAAUUUGUGAAGGGGUUUUUUACUGCAUUUCAGAAUAUUGGAUUUGGUUACAGUAAUCUCGAAAAUGUGCUACUUUACGACAUAGAAACCCCGGAUGAUAUGACCUCAGUUACUGUGCGAUCUAAGGAUCUCUUAAUUGUUAUUAAUGAUGGGAAUGUUAAAUCUAAAGCUUUUGUUGAUAUACCUGAUAUAACAAUUACCUCCAUUGACUUUGAGAAUGAGAAGUAUUCCCAACGUCUUGAUAUUGAUAUACCCAUUGUAAAAGUACUGUUUCAGCUGGUAGAAAAUGAGGAGGAAAGCAGAGAACUCUUUAAAUUUGCUACUAAAAUCAAGUUCACAAAUUUCAUUAAAAAUAAAAACUUUUCGGUACAUAGAAGGCAACAGCAAGAUUACAUUACUCUCAAUGACUCGCCUUUUAACCGCUGUCCGUUUUUAUUGCCAUGUUACUUACAAGAAUCUCCUCUUUAUAAGGAACUUCUGGGUUGUAUUUAUCCUUCAUCUUCGCUUCCCCCGUUGCCUUUACCUUUUAUGCCGGAGACUACAGAUUUUAUUAUAGAGGACUUUCUUGGAGAGUACUCCAGCUUAAUUAAUACAGAAGUAUCAAUUAGUAACAUCGAUGAGACCACCGCUUCAUAUGACACUUCUCGUGGCCACGAAAUUGAGAGCUCGAAUAGUUUUGCGCAAAAAGGACAGGGUCAUAUAUCAAUUGAAUCUGAAGCGGGACUUAAUUACGUUAUCGACAUUGAAUAUAUUAGCAUAGACAUUGAACCCUCUUUUUGUGGCUACUUGCCUGGUUUUGUUCAAAGUCUUUAUACUCCUACCGCAAUCGAUAUAAUCGACCAACUAGAGAUCUCAAUUGUAAGAAAACUAAGUGAUUUGAAGAACGGCUCAUCUGCGAUAUGCAACGCUAAAUUAGAGCUUUCGAAUAUGGACAUAUUCUGGGGCAAGAAAAAUGUUGAAGGUCUAGAUUUAUUUUUAGAUGGUCUUGAUUUUGAGCUCCGUCGAAAAUCCAUCGAAAACGAAAGUGAAAGCACUGUCGUUGAAAUGACAUUUCUCAGUAAGCUAAGAUCCAUACGCGCAACAAUUUUUGAAGGUAUCCAAGAGAGGCCGCCAGCUGUCUCGCUUGCCAUCGAGGGCUGGGAGGCCUGGUCCUCGAAGGCAGAAAAAGACGUUACCUCUUUUAGUGUCCUCUCAAAUGACAUAACGGUUGACGAGUCCCAACUGGAUUGGGUGACCAAGUAUGUUAACGGCCAAAAAACUCUUGUAGAGGAAGCUAUUAAAUUUUUCCAAACUUUGCAAUUAAAUUUGACGAAUACUGAGAGAGACGUGGUAUGUAAUUUGACAGCUGCCAGUGAGUACAACAAAAUCAGUCACGACCCAUAUGUUAUCACCAAGCCUGCCUUCAUUAUGCGUCUUUCCAAGGGACAUGUCAGAGAAAAUAGAAGUUGGAGAAUUAUAACUCGAUUGCGGCAUAUUCUUACCUAUCUGCCUCCAGAUUGGGAAGAGGUAGAUUAUCAGGGGAAGAACUCAAAAGCUAAUGUCCCCGCAGAUGCCAAGAAUAUAUUUGUUGCCGUUUUCUCCAACUGGAGAAACUGGGAAUUAUCAGAUGUAGAGAGGUCUUUCAUGUACAAAAAGGUUUUCCCCAAUGAUAAAACGAAUAAUACCCUAAUUGGACAGGAAAGGAUCGUUAAACUCACCGUUAAUUCAUUUUUUUUCACUGUUUAUAGCGAAGGCUACAGGGUCGCUCACAAUUUUGUCAUUACAAGGGCGAACGCUGUCGCAAGGGAAAUCCCUGCAGCAGAGAAUAAUGUAACCCAGUCUGUGCUAAACCAUGAACGGAUUGUUAAUAUAACCGCAAAUGUGGGAUCUAUAAAGGGAGAAUUAAGUGAUAAGGUGUUAAAACUGAAAGAACUAAUUACAUCUUUAAAUCGAAACUCUAAGCUCAACCCAUCGUCGUCGCCGCACAGUCGUGGAGGCUUUGAUACAUUAAAUUCGUACAAAUAUAACGGCAUUUUGUUGUUUGAAAGAGGUGAACUACAGUGUGUAUUAGGCUCAUCUAGGUUAACCAAGAGGGUAAUAGGCGGAAAAUGUAGUUUUUUGAUAGAGAAUCCAAAGGAAUCUGCUACACCUACUUUAUCUUCCAUAUUAUUUGCGCAGAGAUGUGAGUUAUGGCUGAAACACUCUGAUACAAUUGUAGCAGAAGUGGUUUGUCGUGAAAUUAGUCUCACAGUCACUGCCGAACUUGGCAGUCAGGACCAACUUCUAUUGUUGAACUUGGUGUCCAAACAUUCUCAUUUUAGGUCAAUGAGGAAAACUGAUUCACUGGUGCAAGCAAUUGGUGAAAUAGAGCAGGCAUUCAGUAACUUAAAAAAGAAUCUUACUACCCAAAACGACGUUCUCUCUCCAAAAACUCUACCAUCGAGCGGUAACUUCGAGGUCGAAUUGACUAUAAAUCUUUCGAAUGUAAGUUCUGAAUUGAUGUUCCUGUCGCCUUUCUACAUCCGAUAUGACGUGAAGCAAAUAACUGCCUAUAUAAAUAGGCUUGGAGGUGGUGAUGUUCUGGUUAGCAUUUGGGAUGCAGAUUGCAUUCUUAAGUCACAUCAGACCACAGAACAGUAUUUGAAAUUGUCGUGUAGCGAUCUACAGAUCAGGCUAAGACCACCGUCUGUUCCCAACACCAUCGUUAGUGUUAGUUUAUCAACUUCUUUGACGAAAGUGACACUUUCGGAACCUCGUCGAAUUUUGUCUAGUUUCCUUCAGGAUGAGAAGCUUAUUGGAGAGAGCAUUCGGCAUCUCAGGAAACUGCAACCGCUCAUGCCAUCGCGGGCAGACGAGGAGGCAUCAUCAAAAAGGCUAAAAUGGGCUCUUGAUACGAAUAUUAGUUAUUUCGGAAUACUUGUUCCCAUGACAUCUACAAAUUAUCUUUUUGAGUUACACAUGCUGUUGUGUUCUCUGACAAAUGCAAAUCGACAGGAUAGCAGAGGAAACGAUCAUAUUUCAGGCAGUUUCUCCAUUGAAAAUUUUCUUUUCCUAAUUCAUGAACCCACCUUGCAUGCAAGUCUUUCAAAGAUUGUUGAUUUCUCAAUUAGAGUUUCUACCUCACAGAAAGUGCCCCAUUCUCCUCAAUCAUACCAAAUCGAAAGCUCCCAUUUUAGAGUAUCUUUGUCCCCUACAUCAUUGAUAUACAUCGUGUGGGGCAUUCAUCAAUUGCAAAAUUUACUGCACUAUUUUAAAAAGCAUAGAAUCCCACAUCAGUAUGUCACAGACCUCUCUGACAUUUUUUCUCGGAAAGGAUCUUCCUCUCCGGAGACUAAAAUCGAAUUUCGCUCCAUCCAUAUUUUAUCGUACAAUUUGUGCAUUGGAUGGAAAUUUCACUUGGAUAAUGACACAAGCGCUGGUUUGAUCUUGGGAUUUAACCGUUUGUUCUCUGCAUAUGAGAAAAAUUACGGUAAACUGACACUUAUAGAUGGUUAUUUUUCCGUCUUGGAUGAAAAUUCGAAUGAAGCAUUCUUUUCACAGGGAAAUACAAAACAAAAGUAUAAUAGAAGUUACCUUUCAAGUGUGCAAAUCUCGUACUGGCUGAAGGAUGCUGGUCAGAAAAAAGAUCUUUUCAUUAGAGUGCAUGGGGAAACUCUCGAUGUUAGUUAUCUCUCAACUUCAUUUAACGUUUUAGAGGGAGCCCUCCAGUCAAUUGAGAGAUUUCAGGAGUUUAAAAAGGCUAAGAUUCAUCAAUCUCCUAAUGAGAACCAAUCGAAAGAGGCACAAGAGAGUUUUUCUCCUACCAUCACACCGUUCCUGUCUCGCAUCAGAAAAGUCAACUGUGAGUUCCAUUAUGAAGGAGGGAUAUACAGGUUCUUUACACUAGAUGAUUUGAAGAAUAAUGACCCUUCAUUGGAGGUUAAAUCACCCGCUGUUAGAAUCAGUUUGAAUUACACCUAUGAUCAUAAUUCCAAGGAACGACACUGGAUCAGAUGUCUCGUUAAUAUUGAUCCUACUCACAAUAUCUUGUUUCCGCGAUGUGUGCCAAUUAUAACUGAUUUCGCAGACAACGUGAGAUCUAUGAUACACAAAAACAGCUCAAAUGAAAAAUCUGAGGAACCGAAAGUAGUUUCGGGUGUAGUCGAUUACAAGACUCUUUUAGGUACCUAUAACAUAGCCUUUAAGAUCGCAUCUGGAAAACAGCAGUUAACUUUAAGUUGUGAACCCAAGGCCAAGGUUCAAGCGGACGUUGGAUUCGAAUCUUUUUCCUUUAGCGUAAUGACUAAUGAUCUCGACCCCUCCGAACCUCUCACUGUAUCGUUUGCAGUUGAAAAGAUGCAAUCUUCCGUACGCCACAUAUUUUCCAGGGGAACUAGUGCAUCGCUCAAUGUCGACUUUAUCGAUUUUACUCUCUUUUUCACUCAUCCUGACAUAUACGGUAUGGCACUUGUAUCUGAUGUCGACGUCUUUUUCAAUAUGAAGCAGCUUCAAAAUUUGAACCUUUUGUUAGAUAUAUGGAGAAUAAGUGAGACGCUGAAAGCCUCAUCUUUAUCUGAUGAGAACAAAAUGGAGCUGAAGGCACUUCCCUUUUCUCAAUCGACUAAAGGGAAAUCAUCUUUAUCUUGGUGCUUCACAAUUAUUUUAACGAAUGUGAAUAGCGAUAUUGACCUAGGCCCUUCCUUGGGAGUUUUAUCACUGCGUUUGAAGCGUAACUGGCUCUCAACAAAUCAUUACGGCGGCAAAAGACAGGUGUUGUGCGCAUUUGCAGAAUCUAUAUCCGUCUCUUCAAAAGGAAGAUUUAGUGGCAUUUUUGAGCUGAAAGACGCCGCUUGGAAUUCUGAAAGUAGAUGGCCAGAAGAUCGGGUUUCCGCGACGCCUAAUGUGUCUUUUUCACUCACCAUCGGCGAAAUCGCAGUGAAGUCAGCUUUCGACUACCAUAUGUUUUUGAUAGGCAUAGUUAGGGAAAUCAAGUUCGAUUUAUUCAGCGAGCCGGAUUACUGUGGUGCACUGCCAGAUUUGUUACGCGUUCAUCUCUCCGUACCAGAGAUUGACUUGUGUGCAACUGCUCUAACCGCUGCAAGUAUAGUGGACAUAUACAACACCAUAAUGCGAAUGAGGCAAGACAACCGAAUAUCUUAUAUUGAGACCUUGAAAGAAUCGAAUCCGGCAGACACGGCAGAGGACGUACCGUAUGAUGAUAUCUUGCGCUCUUUGAACCUUCUUCGGACCGACGUCACUGUUGACAUAUUUAAGUUUAAGAUCCAAAUUUCACCUAUAUCGCUCUUUGAUGUUGAGGUAUUAGUUGUUGAUAUAGAAAGUAUGUCGGCUCGAUCAGAAACACAGGCAGGUGAAAAACUAAAAACUGAACUGCAUCUCCAAAUAUCGAAUGCAUCUGUUUCGCUCUCAACUUCAAAAGUGGAAUUGGACGAAGAGAGUGUAUCCUCUAUUUCGGUUGAGGAUUAUAUGAUCCACGCUUCCAAACUGAAAGGUGGAACAAUUUUGAAGAUUCCUCAUUUACUGGUUAGCAUGACAACUUGGCAAAAACGGAAGAGCGACUUGGUCGAGUAUCUAUUUACAUGCAAGUUUUUUGACAAAGUAGCAGUCAAAUGGAACCUAGGGCCUAUAAAUUUCAUCAGAGAAAUGUGGAGCACUCAUGUCAAAUCACUCGCUGUUCGUCGGUCUCAAACUAACAAUUUGGAGGACGAACCCGAAAAUUCUAUAAAGACUGAAAGCGGGCUGAACUCAAGAUUUAAGUAUGUUGCAUUGGAUGAGCCAUAUCUUGAAAUGCCACAAAUUAAAGAUUUGGGAGAUGCAACACCGCCAAUUGAAUGGUUUGGACUCCAUAGGAAAUAUUUUCCCGUGGCAACCCACCAAGUGGCAGUUCUUUUGAUUCAAAAAUUGGUGCAUGCUGCCGAAAAAGAAUAUACGAAAAUGCAGGGACAGAAAAAGUAA